GAAUGAAUUCAUCGCGCGUUCGUGGCGGCCUCAAAGACACAAGAGAAAAUACGAGUUGGAAGAAGGAAUUUAUGAAAUCAAGGAUUCCACGUCCACUGAGACUUACAUCAAAACAGCAACAAACUACGUUGUCUCGUGCCAAGCAUGUUGAAGUCGAGGUCGGACAAGAUCAACUGAAAAUAACCAACCUGCGAGAAAGAGUAUUGGCCAGGAAAUAUGUUGCUCUGUGGCAAACAGUAACUUUUGGAAGCAGCCGGUUUCAGAAAGCAAGGAAGUUUUGUGAGAAGAAUUGUGUGAAACAUGCACUUGCUCAAUGGAUCGAUUUAUGGUGGACCAGUAGAAGAGAGUGGAAGCUAAUGAUCAAAGCUGACUGCCACGUGAGAUAUGAAUUAUGGAGAAAGAUGUGGGAUGGAUGGAGGAGGCACACAGAAUUAUCAAAGAAGUCAUCAACUCUUAAACAGCAAGCAGAUCAUCAUGCAUGCAUAGUAUUGACAAGAAUGGCACUCAGUGGUUGGCUGUCGUAUUGGAAAAUACAGAAAAUAAAGUCAUCCUUGUAUCAAACUGCCUCGGAUGUUUGUAAUGGGAAUGUUUUGAGGAACAUGUUUGGCAAAUGGAAAGCAGAGAAACAGUUGGUGUGUCAGAGAAAUGCUCAGAGAGCUUUGGCAGCUCACUUGCAAUGCCGGAACGGUAUAGCACAAACGUGGAAACGAUGGACAGAGGAAUAUCAGUGUAGACAAUCUGCCAGAGAAAGAAUGGACAAACUGUUGAAAUUUGCAUAUCAAAAGUUAGUUUGGAGAUUGUGGCAAUGCUGGAGACUGUACAUUGAUGGACAAAGAAUAUGUCACAACCGAAAAGGUCUGGCUCAUCAGUUUAGAAAGACACAGUUGUUGCAUUGUUGCUGGUCAUUGUGGGUGACGAAGAAAAUUGAGGCUCAAACUCAGAAGCGGCUGCAACAGCAGAUGACUUGGUUGGGUCGCAAGUUUUGUCAAAGAUUAGCUCUAGAGAAAUGGAAGCAUUAUGUGACACGUUGUCGUUCAGUGGCAAAACUCAGAGAUGAUGUUGAAAGAUUUCGACGAAAAUGUCUGCUGAGACAAGUGUGGAGCUGCUUCGUUAAGAACACAAUACGUCAGCAGGUGGAGCGUCGUCGAGUGCGGGCAGCACAGAAUGCCUACUCACAUUUGUGUGUUCGGUCUGCAUUGAGGACAUGGCUGCGGAGAUGCGAAAUACGCGAGGAAACAAAAGCCGGAAGUACCCUUCACAUAGCAAGAAAUCACUGGAAGAACAAAGUGUUGAAGAAAUGCUUAGCUGACUGGAAGAUGUAUGUCACUCUCAGUAAGGAACAAGCGUUAAAACUGUCGUCUGCACACUCGACGUACGUUGCUCGUACUCUGCCACGGUACUUUCAUGCUUGGCGCUUUUAUAUUGAUAAGCAACACGUUGAACAAGAGUGUGUUGAAAUUGCUGUGGACUUCAGAAGACGGACGUUGCUUGCUCAAGGUUUUUAUGGUUGGUUAACUGCAGCAAGGCUCAUUCUAGAUGUUGGAGUUUUACAGAGACUUGCACUGUUACAACAGGAAGCCGUUCUCAAAAGGCGUUGGUUUUCCGAGUGGCAAAGGAAGACGGCUGAGCACAGAAAAGCUGCCAUGUCUGAUAUGUUAUCAGAAAAGUUUCUCGAGCAAAAACGUAUGCGAGAUGUUUUUCGUCAUUGGCAGUUAUACUUAGAGAGAAAGACUGGACGACGGCGAUUAAGCGUUUUGGCUUUGAAGCAUCGAGAACGGUGCCUGUUGUCGCCAGUGUGGGUUGUGUGGAAGAAAUAUGUUUGCUCUCAAAGAACGAAGAAUAGUGUGACACGGUUGGCUUUGAAUCACUACGAAACUGUUAUAAAGGAGAAAGCAUUGGCAGAGUGGAAGGACUAUUGCCAUCAAUGUGCUCAGGAUGUAGCCAAAUGGGAGCUUGCGGUUCGUCUAGAUUCUAACCUUGUUGUGAGGUGUGCAUUUAAACGUUGGUAUACGAAUGUUUGCUUUAUCCAUCGUUUGAAGUCUAUGCAAUCAGCAGCUGAACGAUUGAGAGGAGAAGCUGUAGUACGCUGUACUUGGAGAGCUUGGACAACACGAACCACAGUAAGUCAAGAAACGAGGAGUCAAGCAGAAUGCCUUCUAAAUAGUUACUUGAGAGAGUCACAAAUGAGUCUAGUCAAUCGAACGUAUAGGAAAUGGCACCAGAAAACAAGCAACAGGUUUGCUUGUAAGAAGGCUGCCAGUCAUUUGGAGAAGACCUUGUUGAGGCGAAUGUUUUCAUCGUGGUUGCUUUCAAGGCAGUUGUGUAGUCGCAACAAGUUGUACGUAUGUAUGGCUGAUGACACACGAUGCCAGCAGUUGCAAGCUAGUUUGCUAUCUCUGUGGAAACGGCAGCUUCAAGAUAGAAAGAGUUGGCACCACAAAGAGAGAACUGCAUUGUGGUAUUGGAGUCAACAGUUGCAGAGAAAAGUCAUCCAUACUUGGCUUGACUACGCUGCUAGUCAGCAACACUUUCAAGAGCGAAUCCAAUGUGCACUGUCUCUUCGACGUGACCAUUUUAUCAAACGAGCUGUUGUGUGUUGGAUAAAAUUUGCAACGACGAGGCAAGCAGAAAGGAAGUCUAUUAAUCUAAAACGACAAAUCGAGUCUGCUCAGUCAGCUGUGAUGUAUGCUCAUCAUUGUGGACAACGAUGGUUACAAGCUACCAGAUCCAAAUCGGGUAGACGGAAAGAGUCAACCUUAGCUGGAAACCAACUUUCAGGCUUGCCUACUGAUGCACAUGCCUACACUGAACCAGCUACUCUCAGUUUUUCGAAACGGAGACCUCCUAGGUCUUCAAGAGGCUCACUCUGGGCCAGACCAGAGGCAUUAGAGACUAAUGAGUUGUAUCCCGAUGUGAGAGGUCACCAAAGUGAGAUCAUUCAGCAUCUUCCGUCUACACGAACAAUUGUUGAAACAACCGUUUCAGAGUCUGACUUUCCAGUUGUGUCAGAUGCUCCUGUUGCCUUGCCAUCAACCUGUAGUGCUUUUCAACAUCCAGCUGCAAGUGCCAGCAGUACCGAUCAAGAUUGUGGUAUGUCUACGUUUGUGUUCCCUGUUAUCGGUGAAAAGAACAGAGCGGCAGCUCGCCGACAUGAUGGUUAUGAUGUCAAUGCAUUGCUACAACUGAAACACGAUCUUAAAUGUUACCAUGAGGAGAAAGAGAAAAUGCGGGAGCUUGCUGCUGUUGUUGAAGAACUCAGGGCAAAGGAACAUUUGAGUGAGAGUGAGAACAAACGUCUACAGAAGGCAAACCAAGAUCUGCUAACCCUUGCCGCUGUACAAGAGAAGAAGUUGCCCGUCGUUUUGAAAAUGACCGAUCUUGUUACAAAACUCACAACAGCCACUGUAAUUGACAAUUCAUGUUUAUAGGUAAGUCAUACAAACGUAUAGAAGCAGUUUGUAACACAGGAGGUUUAGUAGUUGGAAUCAAACUCUAGACCACGGACAAUGGGCUUGUAUCAUGACAGAAGUAAGUGUUAGGCCACAAGAAUACAAGUACUUGUCUGACAGUUUUAUGCUAAAAAAAUCUAUGUGCGCAUGCGCAUUUUAUUUUUACUAUUAAGUAGUAUAAACUCUAAUGCAUAGAAACGUACUAAUAUAUCUCACCUAAUACAAGCAGCAUUCCUCAAAGUCGUAUGGGAACGAACUUGGUCGAGUUCAGAUAUGUUACAAGAAGUAUUAUACAAACUUAAACCACAAGUUUUGAAAUUUAAAAUUUAAUCUAAUUA